AUGUCUAAAAUAAUUCGCUCUCCUAUAAAUUUUGAAGUAGAUGACAUUCCUAAUAAGGAAAAUAUUAUAAGUAUUGGAGAUUUUGCGUUUUCUGGAGCGACUUUUGAAAAGUUUGUUGGCUGGAAAAAUUUAAAAAAUAUAGAUGGAGCAAUUUUUCAUGGAACUAAAUCAUUAGAAAUUGUUGAUUUAUCUUUGACAAAAAUUGAAAUACUGAAACAAUCAAAUUUCUUUUCUUGCCCUAAUUUAGUUAUGAUAAUUUUACCAUCAUUUCUAAAAGAAAUUCAAUAUAGAGCAAUAUAUCAAGUUCCUAAACUUGUUUCUAUAUUGAUUCCUUCUUCUGUAACUGUAUUGAAUAAUUCAUGUUUCAAUGAAAUGAAAAGUUUGAAAGUUGUUUGUUAUUAUGGGAAUGUUUCAUUCUCCGGAAGGAGUUUGUUUUAUAAUUGUCCAAGUAUGAAAUAUAUUCGUGUUUGUUCAUUAUAUCCAUCAAAUAAGUUUUCAUCAUUUGAUGUUUCAUAUGAUGCAUAUCAACUUGGUGAAACUAUUCUAACAUGUCCAUCAAUUAAAAAUAUUCCAUAUUCAUCGAUUUUUCACUUUAUGUCUUAUUCUGUUUUCAUUUUAAUUUGA